AGGAACCCUGGAAGAUCUCCCAGUUGUGUUUUAGGGCUGGUGUGGGACCAUGGAAAUGAAAAUUAAAGGUUUCAUGGGCUUCGGUCUCACUCCCGCACGCCCCAGCUUCGGGCUGAUUUACAGCCUGAAUUUUGGGGCAGCUUCAGCGUUUCUUUGUUGGACAAGAUGAUCUUUGAGAGGUCCCUUCCAACCUAGAAGAUUCUGUGAUUCUUUGCCUGGAAUUGUGAUGGUGUUGGGAUAGGACGAGCAGACACAGCUUAACGAGAUAAGAUUUAUAAUUUAAUUGCUCUGUGGUUACUUAAUCCAGUUUAUAUUUUAAAGCUACGUACGUCCCUUCCAGUUUCCCAACAGUGAGCUAAUAAGCGUUACUCUGUGUUGGAGCCUUCUGGCCAUCCCUGUGUCCUGGGGCUGUUGGAAACACAGCACAUGGGGCUGGAUUAUUUUCUCCCUUGUCCUUUAUUAGAAGCUGUUUAUUUUGGCCGGUUUCUCUCGGAACAUGUUUCUUAUCGGAUUUUUACGGCUGUCAAAUGGUGGUAGAGAAUACAAAAUGCCAUCACAACAGUCCCUUUUGCCACCAAAAUGGAAUGAGGAGCAGCAGAAUCCCGCGUGGUCCCCGUCCACGUGUGUUCCUGGUGGCAGAGGGACGGAGCUGGCUCUUCCCUGCUGUCACCCAGCUGCAGCUCGUGGCAGAAAACCCCAUUAAUUUUGUAAUUUGCAGGGGUUUGUGGUGGUUUGGGGGAGUGCAGGUCUGGUUGUGGGUGCUGGGGACUGUCACACACACGGAUUUCACUCGUUGGAGCCUGGACACCCCCUCCCUGCCGGGUGUACAAAUCCGACAACGCUCAAAACCACCACCAAACCCCAUGGUUCUUCCUUCUGUCACCCACAGUUAUUGACUCAGUUAAAGGUAUUGGAGUUCUGGGGGUGGUGACCCCUGAUUUCACAGCUGUUACGUUGGCUUUCUUAGGCAGGAGAGGGAAAACCACUGCAAUUUUAAGUCAGAACCAGGGGGUUUCAGCCCAACUUCACAGAUUAAUCUGAAAAGGAACCACAGCCUGUUCAUGUGGGACGCGGAGUCAGCUCUGUGGCCAGAGAAAUAAGUAAGAACCUGAAAAUAUGCGACUGAUUUUUUUUAUAUUUUUUUUUUCCUUUGGAAUAUUGGGAAACGAAACCAUAGUUGAUAUUUCUGGCGUUGCAGUUUUUCUUGUAACAAGACUUUUGGUGCCCGGUAAAUCACGGUUUUCCACUGAAGGUGUCUCUUCUCUUCCCUUGGCAGGAUGGCGGACACGGACCUUUUCAUGGAAUGUGAGGAGGAGGAGCUGGAGCCGUGGCAGAAAAUCAGUGAUGUGAUUGAAGACUCCGUUGUCGAGGAUUACAAUUCAGUUGAUAAAACUGCUACGGCGGGCAAUCCCCUGGUGCAGCAGAGCGGGCAGCCCCUCAUCCUCACCCAGAACCCGGCCUCGGGUCUGGGCACCAUGGUGACCCAGCCAGUGCUGCGACCCGUGCAGAUCAUGCAGAACGCCAACCACGUCACCAACUCCCCGGUGACCAGCCAGCCCAUCUUCAUAACCACCCAGGGAUUUCCCGUGAGGAACGUGCGACCGGUGCAAAACACGAUGAACCAGGUGGGGAUCGUUCUCAACGUGCAGCAGGGUCAGACGGUUCGACCCAUCACCCUCGUCCCAGCCCCGGGCACGCAGUUUGUUAAACCAGCGGUCGGAGUUCCUCAGGUGUUCUCUCAAAUGGCCCAGGUGAGACCAGGUACGACCAUGCCGGUCCGACCCACCACCAACACUUUCACUACGGUCAUUCCGGCCACGCUCACCAUCCGGAGCACUGUGCCCCAGUCCCAGGCGCAGCAGCAAAGUAAGUCCACUCCCAGCACCUCCACAACUCCCACUGCAACGCAGCCAACACCACUGGGACAGUUAACUGUGCCGCAGCCAGGGCAGUCCAGUCCAGCUACUAACCCCAAAUUAGUGAGUAUCGCCAGCUUUGUGACUGUCAAGCGGCCCGGCGUGACUGGGGAGAACAGCAGUGAGGUUGCAAAGCUAGUGAAUACCCUCAACACCAUUCCUUCGGUAGGGCAGAGCCCCGGCCCCUUGGUGGUUUCCAACAGCAGCCCCGUGCACGGCUCCCAGAGAUCCAGCGUCUCAGAGUCCUCCUCCUCCUCCUCAUCGCUCAAAGUCAGUUCAUCUCCUAUUCCCACCUUUGAUUUGCAAGACGGUGGCAGGAAGGUCUGCCCGAGGUGUGACGCUCAGUUCCGAGUCACCGAAGCUUUAAGAGGCCACAUGUGUUACUGCUGCCCCGAAAUGGUUGAGUUCCUCAAGAAAAGAAAAUCUCUAGAAUCUGAACCAAAUAUUCAAUCCGCAAAGCCCCCGUCUCCAGAAAAAACUCCGGCUGUUGCUUCGCCACCCUCCUCUGCUCCGAUCCCUGCGCUGUCCCCACCUGCUAAAGCCCCAGAGCCCAGCGAAAACGUAGUCGACUCCUCCCAAAGUAAGCUCAUUAUGUUGGUAGAUGAUUUCUACUACGGCAGAGACGGUGGCAAAGUGAGCCAGCUGCUGAACUUCCCCAAGGUCCCGACGUCCUUCAGGUGUCCACACUGCACCAAGAGGCUAAAGAACAACAUACGGUUCAUGAAUCACAUGAAGCACCACGUGGAGCUGGACCAGCAGAACGGCGAGGUGGACGUCCACACCAUCUGCCAGCACUGCUACAGACAGUUCUCCACCCCCUUCCAGCUGCAGUGUCACCUGGAGAACGUCCACAGUCCCUACGAGUCAACCACCAAGUGCAAGAUCUGUGAGUGGGCCUUCGAGAGCGAGCCCAUGUUCCUGCAGCACAUGAAGGACACGCACAAGCCCGGGGAGAUGCCCUACGUUUGUCAGGUCUGCCAGUACCGCUCCUCGCUCUACUCCGAGGUGGACAGUCAUUUCCGCAUGAUCCACGAGGACACGCGGCACCUCCUCUGUCCCUACUGCCUCAAGGUCUUCAAGAACGGCAACGCCUUCCAGCAGCACUUCAUGAGGCACCAGAAGAGUGUUUAUCACUGCAACAAGUGUAGGCUCCAGUUCAUAUUUGCCAAGGAUAAAAUCGAACACAAGCUGCAGCACCACAAAACCUUCCGAAAGCCCAAACAGUUAGAAGGAUUGAAACCUGGAACCAAGGUGACGAUCAGGGCGUCCCGAGGGCAGCCACGGGCAGUGCCCAUAGCGUCGAGCGAGAUGCCGCCGGGGCCGGGGCAGGAAAACGCUUCCCUCUCCUCUUCUGCUGACCCCCAGCCCAUCUUCCUGUACCCACCUGUCCAGAGGAACGUCCAGAAGAGAGCCGUCAAAAAAAUGAGCGUCCUGGGGAGACAGACCUGCCUGGAGUGCAGCUUCGAGAUCCCCGACUUCCCCAACCACUUCCCCACCUACGUGCACUGCUCCCUGUGUCGCUACAGCACCUGCUGCUCCCGCGCCUACGCCAACCACAUGAUCAACAACCACGUUCCUCGGAAGAGUCCAAAAUACUUGGCUUUGUUUAAAAACUACACUGCCUGCGGCAUGAAGCUCUCCUGCUCCUCUUGUCUCUUCGUAACGUCCGAGGGCGACGCGAUGGCCAAACACCUGGUCUUCAACCCCUCGCAUGAGUUUAGUAACAUCAUUUUCCGAGGGCCUACUUGGAUAUCACAUUCCAGGCACGUUCAGCCCCAGGACAAGAGCGUGAAGAACCCCUGCCCUCCCUAUUCCCCAGGAAAAGCUGCUACUGUGAAAACCAAGUCCGUGUUACCGGCCAGGGACGAGCUGGAGCCCGAGCGGGCGCCGGGGGCCUCCAGCAGACCCCCCCUCUGCCCCGAGGAGGAGACCUUAAACACGGAGGCUCGAGAAGACGAGCAGGCGACGAAGGAGCCCGAACCCGCCAGCAAAAAAGAGCAGUUAUCGGUAAAAAAGCUGCGGGUGGUGCUUUUUGCCUUGUGCUGCAACACGGAGCAGGCGGCCGAGCACUUCCGAAACCCCCAGCGGCGCAUCAAGCGUUGGCUGAGGAGGUUCCAGGCUUUCCAAGAGGAGAACUUGGCCUCGCUGUCGGAGGGCAAAUACCUCAGCCUGGAGGCGGAGGAGAAGCUGGCGGAGUGGGUCCUGACGCAGCGGGAGCAGCAGCUGCCCGUCAACGAGGAGACCCUCUUCCAGAAAGCCACCAAGAUCGGCCGCUCCUUGGAAGGGGGCUUCAAGAUCUCCUACGAGUGGGCGGUGAGGUUCAUGCUGCGGCACAACCUCAGCACGCACACGCGGCGGGCCGUGGCUCACCCCCUCCCCAAGGACGUGGAGGACAACGCCAGCUGCUUCAUCGAGUUCGUGCAGAGGCAGAUCCACACCCAGGACCUGCCCCUCUCCAUGAUCGCCGCCAUCGACGAGAUCUCCCUCUUCCUGGACGUGGAGGUGCUGAGCAGCGACGACCGCAAGGAGAACGCUCUGCAGACGGUGGGCACCGGGGAGCCCUGGUGCGACGUGGUCCUCACCAUCCUCGCCGACGGGAGCGUCCUCCCCACGCUGGUCUUCUACAGGGGUCACGUCCAGCAGCCCGCCAACGUGCCGGAGUCCAUCCUCCUGGAAGCCAAGGAGAACGGAUACAGCGACGACGAGGUGAUGGAGCUGUGGGCGUCCCGAGUGUGGCAGAAACACACGGAGUGCCAGAACAGCAAGGGCAUGUUGGUGCUGGACUGCCACCGAACGCACCUCUCCGAGGAGGUCCUGUCCCUGCUGAGCGCCUCCAGCACCCUGCCGGCCGUCGUCCCCGCCGGCUGCAGCUCCAAAAUCCAACCCCUGGAUGUUUGUAUAAAAAGGACUGUGAAAAAUUUCUUGCAUAAAAAGUGGAAAGAGCAAGCCAAGGAGAUGGCGGACUCCACCUGCGACUCGGACAUUCUCCUGCAGCUGGUGCUGUGCUGGCUGGCGGAGGCGCUGGAGGUGAUCAGUGACUCUCCAGAACUGGUCCAACAAUCCUUCUUGGUGGCCAGCGUCCUGCCCGGCCCCGACGGCACCGCCAACUCGCCCCGCCGCAACGCCGACAUGCAGGAGGAGCUCAUCUCCUCGCUGGAGGAGCAGCUGAAGCUGGGCCAGGGGCCACCCCAGGCGGUGGCCGAGGUCCAGGACCGCAGCCCGGCCGAGGAGGCCACCGACCCCGAGAUCCUCCACCGGCUCUUCGAGGGGGAGAGCGAGACUGAGUCCUUCUACGGCUUCGAAGACGCCGACUUGGAUCUGAUGGAAAUCUGAGCGCGGAUCCCCAGAAAGGGUUAUUUUUUAAAUAAAUGUUGGCUGAGACCAUUACACUUCCCUGUGGAUUUGUGGGUUUAGGAAAAUUCGUAGGCGAUCACUCAGAUAAAUAGCCAUUUAUGCUGUUCAUUUAUAAGUUUUGUGCUUUUUUAAAAGGAAAAAAAAAAAAUCACUGUGUUGGUAUUUUCUGAAAAUAUAUUGUGGGUGAAUAUUUUUGCGUUUUUCUUUACCUCACUGUAUCAUAGUUUUUCUGUUUUUAUUGUGCAGAAAUGUUUUGAAUUAUACAUUGUCAAUGUGA